AUGCAGAGAUCGCUUAGCAGCUCCCCCUGGCGGGCCGUUGCGGCGGCGCUGGUGCUGCUGGCGGCGCUGGGGGCGGCGACGGCGGCGGAGGCGGAGGCGGGCAACGCGGUGGACGGCGAGGACGGGGGCGGCGGCCGCGAGCCCAAGGCCGCGUCGCUAGGGGCGCUGGGCCGCAGCGUGCUCACGCAACUGGCGCGGCAGCUCGUGCUGAGCCUUAAUUUGACGAACCUGUUGAUCCUGUUGGUUUUGAAGGCGCUUCUAUUUGGAGCAGGCAUGUUUUCUUUUGGUCUCCUGAACCACAAGGGCGGCGUGCACGCGACGGGGCGGUCGGCGGACGGCGGGGACGGCGGCGCGGCGCCGUCCUACCUGCCCACGCUGACCGAGAGCGAGCUGCUACUGGCGCUGAGCUUCCUGGCCGGGGACGCCGCCGCCUCCAAGGCCGGGGCGGGCGCGGGCGCCGGGGCGGCGUACACCUGCCUGCACCGCGUCGCCUGCGAGAAGCCCGCCGACGCCAGGCAGUACGCCGGCGCAGCCAACAUCCUGCUCAAGGGCGCGCGCAUGCUGCACUCCUUUAUGGUUCAAGAUAAGACUCAAGUGUUUCUUCAUAACGGUGGUGCCGUACAACCCCAAGUACGAGAAGAUCGUCGGCGAUCUGCAGAAGGCCGUGGACUUCGGAGCGAAUGGUGGCGCAUGCGCAGAACGAUUCCCGUGCGCCAAGAGCUCAUGACGCUCUCCCCACCACUUCUGGCUUCGGCUUCUCUCGGCUCUCUUCGGCAAAUUCCGCUGACGCUGUUCGAGCCACGGGUUAGAAAAGAAAUGAUGCCAGACUGGCCAUUUCUUCUGCUAAAAUUAUUGAUGCUUGCUGAUUAUGCUGAUGAUUUUUAGGUUGUGAAGAGGACAGAGUGAAAAGAAAUGGGCGCAAAGAUCAAAAACAAUCUUGCAAUAGUGCAAUAAAUC